CAAACAUCCUCACGUCAAGCCUUCCACGGCGUUUACCCGUCGUUGACCCCCCCGAGAGCCCCUGUCCCAAUCCAUGUCUUCCUUUUCUUCUACGUAAUACUACUGACUGUUGCUCUGUCACUGCUCCUUCUGUUGCCUGGUGUCGCCGUUCCCAUUCGAUAUCCAAACUGCGCAGCGAAAGCUCCCUUACACCCACCCCAUCCCACCAGAUAUCUAUUGAUCUCGUCACUGACUUCAUUCUCGGAGUAGGAAGAGAUCUUUGUUUCAGGUUGCGUUGCUUUCAAUCGUCUUCUCCUCAUUCUCUUACCCAACAAACUUCUGGUGUCGAACGUUUAAAGAGGGGGAGAAGGGAAGACGAGGGAGCAGAAAAGUUGCCAUUUUGAGGUGGGAAGAAGGGAGGGCAGGGGAAGGAUGAGUAUGUACGGCCGUGAUCCAUGGGGCGGGCCACUGGAGAUCUCGCACGCCGACUCCGCCACCGAUGACGAUCGGAGCCGGAACCUGGACUCGGACCGGGCGGCGAUGUCGACCACGUCGCGGCAGCUGGAUGAGACGCAGCAGAGCUGGCUCCUCGCCGCGCCCGGGGACCAGGGGACGAAGAAGAAGAACAAGUACGUGGACCUGGGGUGCCUCAUCGUUAGCCGCAAGCUCUUUCUUUGGACCGUCGGCACCGUCGUCGCCACCGCCGUGCUGGCCGGGUUCAUCACCCUCAUCGUCAAGACCAUCCCCCGCCACCACCGGCCCCGCCCGCCCCCGGACAACUACACGCUCGCCCUCCACAAGGCGCUCAUGUUCUUCAACGCGCAGAGAUCCGGCCCAAUCCCCAAGCACAACAAUGUGUCGUGGAGGGGAAAUUCCGGGAUGAGGGAUGGCCUCUCCGAUCCGUCCUAUGGGAAGGGCCUGGUGGGCGGAUACUAUGAUGCGGGCGACGCCAUCAAGUUCAACUUCCCGGCCUCUUUCGCCAUGACCAUGCUCAGCUGGAGCGUGAUCGAGUACAGUGCCAAGUACGAGGCCGCCGGAGAACUCGGCCAUGUGAAGGAAAUCAUCAAGUGGGGCGCAGACUACCUCCUCAAGACCUUCAAUGCCUCCGCGGACACAAUCGACCGGAUCGCUGCCCAGGUUGGUCAGGGGGAUACUUCGGGAGGCACAACGCCGAACGACCAUUACUGCUGGAUGAGACCAGAGGACAUGGACUACCCGAGGCCAGUCUACGAGUGCCACAGUUGCUCGGAUCUCGCCGCCGAGAUGGCGGCUGCUCUGGCGGCAGCAUCCAUUGUGUUCAAGGACAGCAAGACCUACUCAAAGAAGCUUGUCCACGGUGCCACGACGCUCUUCAAGUUUUCGAGGGAUCAGAGGGGGCGGUACACCUCCGGUGGCUCUGAUGCAUCAUUCUUCUACAAUUCCACUAGUUAUUGGGACGAGUUCGUGUGGGGUGGAGCAUGGAUGUACCUUGCGACGGGCAAUGCCACUUACCUUAAACUAGCUACUCAUCCGACCCUCGCAAAGCAUGCAGGUGCAUUCUGGGGUGGUCCAGAUUAUGGAGUCUUCAGCUGGGACAACAAGCUCACCGGUGCUCAAGUGCUUCUCAGCAGACUGAGGCUGUUCCUGAGUCCAGGCUAUCCUUACGAAGAAAUAUUGAGAACCUUUCACAAUCAGACUGGAAUCAUCAUGUGCUCGUAUCUUCCAGUUUUUACCACCUUCAACAGGACACGAGGGGGUUUGAUACAGCUCAACCACGGAAGACCGCAGCCCCUUCAGUACGUAGUCAAUGCAGCUUUUCUUGCGGCCAUCUACAGUGAUUAUCUUGAAGCUGCUGAUACUCCAGGAUGGUAUUGUGGCCCAAAUUUCUUCUCGACGGGGGUUCUGCGUGAUUUUGCUAGGACUCAGAUUGACUAUAUAUUGGGAAAAAAUCCUCAAAAAAUGAGUUACGUUGUUGGAUUCGGAGCACAUUAUCCAAAGCAUGUUCAUCACCGAGGUGCAUCCAUCCCUAAGAACGGGGUAAAGUAUAAUUGCAAAGGUGGAUGGAAGUGGAGGGAUACCAAAAAGCCAAAUCCCAACACAAUCGUCGGUGCGAUGGUCGCUGGCCCUGAUAGACAUGAUGGCUUCCGAGAUGUUCGCACUAACUACAAUUACACCGAGCCAACGCUCGCAGGCAAUGCCGGCUUAGUUGCUGCCCUGGUGGCUUUGUCCGGUGAGGGCAAUGGAGUGGACAAGAACACUAUAUUCUCUGCGGUUCCACCGAUGUUUCCCACUCCGCCACCACCUCCAGCACCGUGGAAACCAUGAGCAAGAAGACAGCAGUUAUCGGCAUGCCACGAUCACAAUUAUAUGGAGAUCCAACGACAUGGAGAGCAAAGACAAAGCCUUGUGCCGCAAGUACCAUUUCCUCGUGCCACAAAUUCACAAAUGGAACGCAGCGCCUAUUUCUUUUUCGUCCGCAAUACAACUUCAUUUUUUGUGUCUACAGAUGUAAUAAUGUGUGUGAAAUUUCAACGGAUGCAAUUAGUUUAUUCCUUUA